GCCAACCCCAGAGCAGGGCAGUGUGCAUUGACCUGUGCAGGUCGCUCUACCGAGGUUGACCUCCGUGCCUCAGGCCUCGCUUCCGUUGGGGACCCAAAAUACAACAACCUGAGACCCUCCCCCCCUCCCUUGGAGGGACCUGACACAGCGGCAGCCAUGUCCCAGUUCUCUACCAUGACGACGAGAGAGAGGCAGAUGCAAGCGGCGGCCAUCUGCAGGGAGAUCCAGGGCUCUGAAGAUGCAGAGAUGGAUCUCGGGAAGAAAGUGAGCGCCCCCAAGGAGAUCAUGCUGGAGGAGCUGUCGCUGUCCUCCAAUCGGGGCUCUCGCCUCUUCAAGAUGCGCCAGAGGCGCUCGGAGAAGUACACCUUCGAGAGCAUCCAGAACCAGACCAACACACACAUCAAUAAUGGAGUUACUUUGCAGGCCGAAAGUCAGGAAACGACUGAAAACACAGAUGGAGAAGAACACCUGGACGUCAAGCUGCCGACCACACCUCCGAACACGCCUGACCAGAGAACCCAGGCGAACCCAGACAGCAUCGCCCCUGGCUACGGGGGUCCUCUGAAAGAUGUUCCCCCAGAGAAGUUCAACAGCACGGCGGUCCCCAAGUCCUACCACUCCCCCUGGGACCAAGCCAUCAUCAGCGACCCUGCCCUGGCAGACACCCUCAUCACAGGCAUGCCAGAGCCUAAGCCCCAGCCAGAGGCUCCGAGCUACAAGAGCUUUAAUAGGGUAGCUACCCCCUUCGGUGGCUUCAACAAGACCCCCAAACCUGCCCCCGUCAGGGCACCUGAGGAGGAGAGCAGCCCUGCAGAAGCCUUCCCGGAGUACGCGGAGCUUCUGGGAGACGCCGGGGGAAGCGCCCACCUUCGGCCCACCUUCAACAGGACGGCCCUGGGCUGGGCGGGGACAGGAGCCCCCCUCCUGUUCCCCACGGCGGCCCUGGAUCCCAUGUUCAUCCCAGAGUCGGAUGACCUUUGAACUUGUGUGUGCGUUCACGUGCUGCCCGGUUUUAGAGCCAGUGAUCCUAGUGUCAGCGCAGGCUGAGAUUGAGAGAGACAGAGAGAGGGAGAGAAAGAGAAAAAGAGAAAAAAGGGACAGAGAGAUAAAGGGGGAGGGAGACCGUGAUGGACUGAGAUAGAAGAGAGAGAAUAUUAGUUAGACGCCCACUGUGAACAGUGUUUUCUCGCUUAUCUGUUGAAGACUCUGAGAUCUUCCACUGCAGUCAAAACAUAUGCACCAGCUAGCGAACACUACUUACUUACAAAUACAGUUUAAUGUAGCACUGUAUACUGUAAAAUGUUGUGUAUAAGAGGGAUGAUAUUUGCCUUAAACGUAUUUGUUUGUACUAAUCAUUUAUAAGCUAAAUAAAACAGUGUAAAACACAAA